CUGUGAGCAUGUUUUGAUUCAAAUUUUACAAACAUAAACAAAAGCCCAUUUUUGUAAACUGUCAACACACUUGUACCAGUAGCGCGCCCACUGUGCUUUCUCGCGCUUGUGAAAAUAUUCUUCCCACUUUGACAGAUGAUUGUGUGUGCGCGUGUGUGUGUGGAGAGAAUUGUAUAUGUCGAAUCUGUCCGUGAGUGCAAAGAAAGUUUCGCGUUCCAGAAAUAAUAAAUUAAAUCUCACCAUUUCAAUCCACAAAACGUUGCGAAUUUUACGAACAUUACAAGCGUUUCCUUUAGGUGAUGGUGUACAGUGCGCCCCGAAACAAUACAACAUCUUCAAGAUACGAUCGAACGGCCGCUGCGAAAGUGUUUUGCGUUUGUGCAUUUUGUAUGUGCGAAGCACCAGCAGCACCAGCACCAGGUUCAUCUUGCCGUAGUGGCGAACAAGUGCCGUGAAAAAUGUUUUGCUCCCGGUUGUUUAGACGGGUGUGCAGCAACGAAUCAUCGCCGUAAAAAAUGGGCAGCGGUGGUUAGAAAUGUACCGUGGCCGCAGCCCACUGCUCCCCAUACUCGAAACGAAAACAGAUGCUUGGCUGCGUGUGAAAAUCCCUUCUUCCGCAGCUUUCCUCCAGCGUAAAAUAUACACGACCCACUAACUGUAUGUGGACACGGCCGCGCUACAGCCAACUACAGCUAUUGAUGUGGCAUUUGUGGUUUGGGAGGUUUUUUUUCGGAAGAUAUUUGGUUCGGUUGGUGCACCGUGAGAAAACAAAUUGACGCGUCAAUAAGCAGCAGCAACAGCAGCAGUACUGCACGAUAAUCUGUGACCAGAUUUUGUAUUCCGAUAAAUAAGUUUUAUCACGGGCGAGGCACAAAUCUUGCGUGAAGCCAAAAAAAGAAAAACAAUAUUUCAUGUCGUUGGACGUUUUUCGAAAUUGUCGGGAGAAGAGGAGGAGUUUUAGCAAAUCAUAAAUGUAGAAGGUGCGAGGUCAGCAAGUGAGAACAGGUCACAAAGCAGUGCGAAGGAAUUGAGGUGGUUUUGAAGGUGAAUAUUAAGCGUCACUCGACCGCUACUCUGUCGCGCGGUACACCCAAACACAGUACGCUUUCGCAACAGCAGCCAGCGUUGAAUUGAUGCCAAACGAAUAGCUGCCCAACGGGGACAAACCUACCUGACACCCGUGUUCCGCGCCCGAAUCCAUUCUCCGCCGCACCUACGAAUUGGAAAUGAAUGACUCCCAGCAUCAACACACCGAAGCAGCAAUGAAUAAUCAUGGAUUACUUGCGCGGUUCCACCUUGUGCCGUUGGCCACACGCAGCAGCUGCUUGCCCACCAGCCAAACUACAGAUUAUGACGACACAGCCCCAUCCGACACGACAACAACACACACGUUCGUCGUUCCUUCAGCGCGGAGCCUUCUGCGAUAGGGAAAAUGCUGCAUGCGAUUUUACAGUGUGGCACGCAUCGAUUGCUGCGAUUGGUGGCUCUGUUUGUUGUAGUCAGUGGCGCACUGCUGCUAGAUUUGUUAGCAGCCUCACCGACGACCGUGUAUGAUAGUUACAGUGACAACCAGGCGCUCCCGGUGCGCUCUGCCUUAGACGAAGCGUCAGCACGUGGACACGAUCCAGCCAGCUCGCUUGCCGCUUCACGUAGUAAUUCUCUGCCGGCAUCGGGGCAGCGGGAACCGGACGAAACGCUUCCGGUGCAGCAGCAGCUACUCGGCGGCGUAACGCGUGUCCCGUGGUACGGGCUAACGGAACUUUCUGACAUACUGCUGCUCGGUGUGCUGGUAACGGUUGCCGUCCUCGGAACGCUACUGUUUGUGGUGCUAGUGUUGGGUUUGCGGGCCAAGUUACACGUGUUCCGGGGUGAAAGGCGUGCCGAACGGGACGUUUUACCACUUUCCGCGGACUAUGCGCAGCGGCAACUGCAGGUGGGAGAGUGUGGCAGCGGGAACAAGUGUACCGGCAGUAAAGUGAAAUUGAUUAAAAGCCCAGCAACACCAUCGCCCCCUAUUGUGCUGCUCGAGGCGAGCGCGCUGGUAAAACCGGUACCGACGACGUGCGUCGCCGUGACAACGACCGGUGUUGCUGGAGGUGAUGGUGGCCGUCGCCGUACCGAACAGCAUUUGAAUCUAUCUGACAAAAAGCACCGCCGUUCCCCGACUAAAGCGAAUAAGCGGGUACCGGCCGUAAGUGUACCGUUGCCGCAAGAGGCAACGGUAAACAUGAGUGCAUCGAUCGGAGCAACCGCGAUCGAUCCAGCCACCAACGGUGCAAACAGUGAUCGUGACAACACCGAACAGCAUCUUACCAUUGACGAUAAGGAAAACUGUGUGCAACAUCGUGUGCAUUCCGAGCACGGUGAAGAUCCGGCCCAUCCGGUCAGCCAGCGAAACGUGCUUAAGAGACAGGCAGUUGCCGAACAGUCCGUAUUUGGACUGUCCGGAACACCGCCCGGUAAUGGAUCCCCCACAUCCACCUACAUCCAGCUGCUCACCCCAUCGUCCGCUUCAUCCCUUUCUACAUCCGCCGCAACCACCGACAAUAAUGCGACCCCAACCAAGGUUGGCCCGGCCGACUGUGGUGGAAGCGUUGGCGGUGGAGCGGGAGUCGUUCCCCUGUCCGCUGCGUUCGGGUUUUCGCCCCGCUCGAUACAAUCGUUUACCGUACAGACGACCGCCACGUACUUCCGCUUUCCGGAUGUGGACGAUUUUACACCGACACCGCGCACGCUGCCGAAACGGCACGCUGCAGGCAGUACAGCGGACACCUGCUCCACGCCACCGGCCGUGGAUGCGCGCACUGAGGAGGAGGAGGACGGAAGCGAACAAACGAAACACGGGCCACAGGUGUCCGUUUUGGCACCGUCCCCGGGCUCGAUGCCAUUACCCCCACCGCCUCCUUUGACGCUAAAUACGAACGAACCUAAGACGGAUCGAGCAACAGCGGAAGUUACGAAGGAACCCGAACCACGCACGGCACGAAUCUGUGCUCCGAUGGCUAAUAGGCGUGUGAGGCUGAAAUCGAUUUCACUCGAUUCGGAAGGCGCUCGACUGGUGGAAGAAAACCUGAGCUCGACCAUUCCGGUGCAAGAGUUGGUGGGAAUGGCCGCCCAUCGCACGGGUGGAUUCGAUAGCGUGAUCGAUGACGAUGACGACGAUGAUGACGAAGACGACGACGACGAUGCCGGCUAUGAGCGUAAGCGCAGCGAUAACGACAAAGCGAACGGAUCCGGAGACACCGCUACCGGACAGCACGAGACUGAGGACGAGGACGAGAAACGGCGCGCCAAACGCGUCCGAAACAUUUUAAACCUUCGACUAAACAUCCCGCCCAUGCCGCUCGGCACGGGUUCGGGACAAUCGAGAAUAGCAGCAGGAGGACCUCCGCCACCACCGGCCGCCUCACAAUCGACGGGUUCGGUUGCGAAACCGAUCGUGAAAACGGUCACCGUGACGGGAUCGAUUUCGAACCCGACCAUGAGCACCCAGCAACAGCAACACCACCACCAUCACGUAGAGGACUACAAUGAGCAGUUUUAUUUCGAGUACUUUGACUACGGCGAUGACGAUGAGGACGAUGAGACGGAUGACGACGAGUAUGACGAGGUCGAGUAUGGUGAGGAGGAGGAGGGCCACGAGGACAAUAACAACAACAACAGCAGCAGCGGCGGUCACAUGGUCGCAUUGCCACCGGUCCCAAAGACGCCGACCCUUUCCCAGUCGAAGCAGAAAGCGAGUUCGCUCGAUUCGGACAAGCUGAAGGUAUCGAUUCCGUACGGUGGUGUUGGCGGUGGCGCUUUCGGAUCGGUCAGCUGCGGCGGUGGGAUGAGCCACAUCAUGAGCAUUGCGCAACCGACAAGUGGAACGGGCAUGAUGUCCUCCAUGCUUAGCUACAUGCAUUCGCACACUCAGCAGCAGCAGCAGCAGCAGCAGCAGCAGCAACAAUACGGACAAUUUCAGUUCCACCAGCAGCAACCACAGCAGCAGCAGCAGCAGCAUCAGUCGCUUCAGACUAGCCAGCAAGUAUCCGGACAGCUGCAGCAACCCCGCCGGGUGUCUUCCGUUUCCGUGCCAACUACCCCGAAACGAUACCAGUAUCGGACGGCGGUAAACCAUCACUACUAUCAUCAUCCGCAGCAGCAACAGCACUACGCGAGUGGACAAUCAAAGCUAAAACCCUCGUACCCACAUCCAACCGGACCUACCGGGAGUUCCUCCUCCUCAUCGACGGCACUGGUCAGCGAUGGUGGCACAGCGAAUGGCAAUCGAAAGGACAAGAAAUCCCCGCUCGGGCUACCUACGCCACAGUCGCAAUCACCCUCGGACAAGGAAAGGGGGGCCGAGGAAGGGACGAAACCGUCCGUUCCGACCAGUGGACGAUCCAGCAUUCUGCAGCGACGUGGUUCGAACCAUAGUCUUACCCUCAACCUGGACAUUUACAAUCGGGGCGGAAGCGUGGAUUUGACCUCGUCGAGCUGCAGCCUUUACCGUGGUUCGUACAAAAAUCUCCACCAGGUACAGUCGCACUCGCAGCUCUAUCAGCCCCAUCCGGUGGAACCGCCGGUGCGCGUACAAUGCCACCAAGCAUCACCCCAGCAGCAGCAACCGACGCCAGCCGCCCCAUCCAGCACAGCAACGGUGGACGGUAGCACUGCAACCACCGGCAACCUAAACAACAACAACAGCACCUCGAACACAAGCAAAAAGAAUCUCCUGCAACGACGAGGCUCUAACACGAGCCUCACGCUGAAUCUCCGGUCGGGUGUUGGUGCGAGCGGUGGUGGAGGUGGUGGCGGUGUAGGUUCGACCUUCGGGUUGAACCGUUUCAGCAGCCACAAUUCGCUCAAUGCGGGCACGCUCGGUGGCGGUGGGCACCAUCAUCACCAGCAGCAGCAACAGCCGAACCAGCAGCAUCAGCAGUUCCCAUCCUCAUCGAUGGUACGGCUGGCCGGAUCACGCAAGAGCCUGCUCGAACGGCGCAACUCGAACGCCAGCCUGACGCUGAUCAACGUGAACCAACGCACGCUCUCGGUGUCGAACUGUAAUCUGCGCGGCUCGAUCUGUAGCUUGAACAGUCUGCUGACCACGCACACCCAGAACGAACCGGCACCGUCCGGUAUGAUGCUGGAGGAGGACGAACUGGACGGGAACGGGGAUAACGAUCACAACCAUCAUCAUAACCAUCACCACCACCACCACCACCACCACCACCACCACCAUCACAAUCACGGUCAGCACGGAGCGCAGCAUGGGCAGCAUUCGGUGGUGGGGCACCACGGUGCGCAAGGACAUCGCGUUGGCGGUGAGGGUGAGCUGCGACGGUUUGGGAGCAGCGUGGAUGCACCUUUUACCGGGCACGAUGGCACGACUGGCGCAGGACAAUCGGGAGAGACGCGCGAGGCGAAUAGCAACGGCAAGGGAGGAUCUGAUUAUGGUUAUGCACGGCUUACGGUGUGUUCCGGACAGGCAUCGAGCGAACAGCACCACCACGGUCGGCAUCAUGGGGCCGGAGGUCAUCAUGAGGAUGCAAGGGGUGGUGGUGUGUACGGUGGCAGCCGGCAGCGGAAGUUCCGCAGUUCGGACAGCUUGCACAACAUCAACGUACGGGAGCAGGGUAUGCAUGGGUGUGAGAUGAUGGGCGGUAGACACCAUCAACACCACGGGCAUGGGACGUUGGAGCGACAGCUGGAGAGAGAUACGAAGCUGAUGUCCGUCAGCACGUACCAGCAGCGCAGUUGCCAAUCGUCCUUUGACGAGCGCCAUCAUUAUGGAUCGUCGGAAAACUUCAAGGAGCACCAAAACAAACUUUCAAUCCACCGCGGAUUCUUCCAGAAGGACCCGUCCACCGUAACGUCAACUUCGUCGGCCAACAACCUAUCGGCGCUCGGGACCGGCUCACUGUACAACUGCUGUGGCAACUGCUGUAGCAGUGGCUGUUGUAGCUGCUGUUGCUGCUGCUGCUGCUGCUGUGGUGCCGGCACCAUCGAUGGCGGUGGUUGUUGCGAUGGCAACGGGCUUGCAUUGAAGGCGGGCAACUUAAGCAUCAGCAACUCGAACGUACGCAACAUCUCCACCAAACCGCUUAGUCCACAGACGACCAGCGAAGAUUUUAAGAUCUAUCUGGCCAACAUUCAGUUCCUUCAGAAUGCAUCGAACGUACUUACGAUAGCGUACCUGCGGAAGUUGCACAACUUCUUUAGCAAAACGUACCGCAAAAUGGUUGCGUCCGCUACGAGCACCACCCAGGAAGCGCACCGGCAGCACAGUCACGCGAAGCGGGAAGCGGCAAACGAUGAUGGGCAGGAACGAACGGCGGUAGGGGCACGAGUGGAUGGAUCGGGUCAGGAGGGUACGGCGGCGGCGGCUAGUACGAAGAUGAUGUUACUGCACAGUGACAGCCUGCACCAUCCGCCGGUGUGUGAUGACGAGUCGUACGACGAGGAGCACAAGAAGAUGGUGCUGAAGAUACACCAGGAGUUUUGGGAUUUGCCCACCAACUAUCAGGAGAAACCGUUGGUGUUUGGAUCGCAGGCCAAGAAUCGCUACAAAACGAUCCUGCCGAACGAACAUUCGCGCGUUAUUCUCGAACCGGAACGGGCACCGUCGGCCGGAGGUGAACCGUACAUCAACGCAAACUAUAUCAAGGGUCCCGAUUAUGCGAACAACAGCUACAUCGCUACCCAAGGCCCACUGCCGAACACGAUCUACGAGUUUUGGCUGAUGGUGUACCAGAACGUCGCGCGCACAGCAACGGCAGCCGGAACAUCGGUCGCGUGCGCCGGUAUUGAGCAAAAAAUUGUGAUGCUCACCAACUUUGUCGAAAACGGACGCCAGAAGUGUGCAGUCUACUUCCCCCAGAACGAAGACGAUUGGCUCGCGUUCGGCAGUACGGCGGACGUGGACGUGGGUGAAGUUUUGCAGGAACGGGACGCACUGACGGCAAGAAUCUCCUGCUGCCGGGUGGAGGCACCCGACGGUACCGUUCAACCGGCAACGAUAAGAGCACGGUGCGACAGCUGCUUCUUUCUCGUGCACAACGUGUGCAUGGAGCAGCGGAACGGUUACACCUUACGCACGCUGAACGUAAUCUACGGCCGGCAAGCGGAGGAACCAGCUGGCGAAGGCUCGAAUGCGGAAGAUGACGGCGGCGGUACGCUGUUCGAGUUGAUCGCGUUCCGUGCGCAUCACUACUGGUUCCCGGACUGGCCCGAUCAUCGUUCGCCGAAGGAUAUAAACGUGCUGCUCGACCUGAGCCUGGAUAUGCUCGGUACGAACGUGCUCGAUACGCCGCGCCCGGAAAGCAAUCACUCGCUGAAAGGCAAUCAGCCCGGUACGCCCGGGCUGGAGGAGAUGGUCAGUGCCGGUCAGCUUGCUGCGCUCGGUGCCACCACAACGCCGACCGUACUGCCGAUCAUUCACUGUUCGGCCGGUAUCGGGCGGACGGGCUGCUUGAUCGCGAUACUGAACGGGCUGCGUCAGUUGCGGCUGUCCGUGAUGGCGCACCAACGCCGGCUACAGCUUAAGCAAUCGUCGCAGCAGGUGGCCCCGUGCCAGGAGGACCCGGUUACCGUCGGACACAAAACGGCUGCCGAUGAGCUGCAGGACGAGCUGGAACAAUCGCUACCCUUGCCACCGGUUCCCGAUGGUCCGGCGGAGGCACGUCGAAAGUCCGCCACGCUGACGUCCGGCAGUGGGACGUGCCGUGGACAGCGGGGCGACGGUGGAGCCACGCAGCGGGAAUCGGGACAGGUGGAUAUUUUGGGCAUUGUAUGCAACCUGCGUUUGCAGCGCGGUGGCAUGGUGCAAAACUCGGAACAGUAUGAACUAAUCCAUCGGGCGCUCUGUCUGUAUCUGGAGAAGCUAACCCAGGAGGGACACACAAUGUAGAACCUAACGAUAGUGUAAGCGAUUUCCGAAUCUGUCUGUCGAGUUUGAAUUUGUCUACAACAGCACAGCAAAACGCGACUAUGUGUAGCUGUGUAGCGUUGAAAAUGCAAGUGCAAGAACCAUACCAAAGAUUAUGUCCGGUCGAGAGCACAAAGAAGCAAAGCGCAAGUAAUACAAUCAAAACUAAUCACCUCUGUUGAAGGCGGCAAAUGAGGCGCCACCGUGCGCCAGUGCGAAACAGAGGUAAACGAGUAGAUCUGAGUAAGUUAGCGAAGGUAGUAGUUACACCAUAGCGGACACAACACAACUGUAAAGCUGUUAGUUGUAAGUGGUAGCCGGGUGGGGGAGGACGCCCUCGGCCCAUUGAAUCACUCCCACUGCGGCGGGCAUUGAUCGUGGUGGACUGUGUGCGAAUGACUAACCUAACUGUAUGGAAUUAUGAUGGUUCGAUGUAUGUUUGUCCUUACUACAACUACUAUAACUAUCACCAAUACUACUACUACUACUACUACUACCACUACUACAAACAUGGUGUGCAGCAAAAAUGGUAUUCUAACGUUGGGAUUGAAUUAGUCACGAAAAGGCAAACAACUAACAGACUUAACUUAACAUAUUAUUAUUAUAUUGCAAAACAGUAAAAACAAAUAGGAAAAUGGGAAAUUAGAAUCGCCUGUGGGGGGGAGGGCAAUUGGGAUGGAAUUUUACAAAUCACACGGGAAAUACAUGCUGCAUACAGCUAUAUUAUUAUUGAUGGAGUGCAAGGGAUAUGGGGUGGGGGGGUUUACUAGGACACUCGCUAAGGACAAAUGCGCUUUAUGAAUGUUUAGUGUGUAAGCGAAGUAAGAAGGGAAGAAGAAAUGUCUGUGUGUGUGUGUGUGCGUGUUUGUGGAUGUAUGAGCGGGGUCGAGGAUAUAUAAUGUUUAAAGUAAUGAUAAUGAUGGGACGAGACAACUAAAUUAUUACAUAGAUGGGAUACAUAUAUACACAUAUAUACAUAUACACACACAUUACCAUAUACACAAAACACACACACACACAUAUUCAUCUAUGUUGAAAGGAAAAAAACACAUAAUACAUCCACAACAUAAAAGAUUUGGAACAAAGGCUGGAUUUUUUUUCUACGAAACACCCCAUUUAAUGGACUGUGGAUGGGGCUUUUGGUUGUUUUUUUAAAUAAUUGGUGAAAGGAGGAGAACAUACAAAACUUGCAAAAAAAAAAGAUCAAAAUGAACUAGCAAAAAGCAGCACUUACACAUACACUCAUACCUUUAGAGACUCUUUUGAAAAUGGUGGAAGAACAGAGAUCAAAAAGUGGCAAAAUGGCACGAGGAGCUGUGGAACAUUGUUUAGUAGAAGCUAAUGAAGCUGGAAAGUAUUAAACUAGUGUAGCAAAAUCUUGCAAAAAACAACAAUAGCUAUGCGCAGGAUGUGGCGGGGGGCGACGGGUUUUGAGAAAUGUCCUGUGCGUGGAAGGAUAUACCACAUUGAAAAAUGAAUGGAUAUCUUUUGAUUUUUCGAAUGGUUUUCUUUUUUCGGAAAAAACCCGGCGCUUCUCUACCGUACUCCACAGCAGGGAGGGUGUGUGUAAUAGGCAAAUUUUAAUCGCUAAUCCGUUAACCCAGAAUGGCGUCGUCACAUGCGGCAUUUAGUACAACAGUUCGAAUCGAUGAUCAGCAAGUUGUUGAAAUGCGGACGAAGAUGUAGUGGGAGGUAGCUUUUUAUGUUCCGCAAGGAUAUGUAAUAUGGUGGUGCAAGGAAGGAUGGCCAGCGGCGCACCACAAUCAUUCACCAACUAAUACAGUGAUGGGCGUGCGGCGGGAUGAGGCCACACAGCAGUAAACCAAAAAAAAAGAAAAAAAACGGAUGAACCGACAAGAGGCAACCACCACCACUACCACCACCAAAACCACAACAAUAUGUGUGUAAAUAAAUGUGUGAAAAAAUA